GUUGAACUCACUUCCUAGAACAGACCCCUGUUCUAUAAAGUUGUUUUAGAAGAACACAGUGUAAAUGGAGUCAGAGUUUCAUUUUAACUUUUCUUUCAGGGGAAGGCAACAGUGUUGGUACGUGCAGCUCUGGCAGAGAGAGAGUUAAUCUCUCUAACACGCCCUCACACAGUUUCUUUUUCAGUGCGGCAGAAAUGUUGCUGGAGGAAGUUUCGUUCUUGCUGCUCCUCUGUCUCUCUGCAGCUGCAGAUCAAACAACUGUGAAGCCUGGAGACGAUGCCACUCUUCAGUGUCACUGUCCCAAUGAUGCUGUCGUCACGCUGUUAGAGUGGACCAGACUGGAGCAGAAGUCAGAUAGUUACGUGUUCUUCUACCGGAACAACCGGUUGUACGAAGAUUAUCAGGAUCCGUCUUUUCGAGGUCGAGUUGAGCUGAGAGAUCCAGAGAUGAAGGACGGAGACGUGUCUGUGACUUUGAAGAACGUCACCGUCAAUGAUACUGGAACGUACAAGUGUCAAAUUAUCAGCAAAACAGAGAAUGGCAAAGUAACUAAGUUCAGCAGCCUCGUCAGCCUGAAUGUCACAGACUCAGGCCCCUCAGAUCCACUGGCUGAAGGAAACAAGGAUGAAGGAAACAAGGAUGAAGGAAACAAUGGUGGAGGAAACGAGGAACUUGUUGUAAUUGUGGCUUGUCUGACUGUUGCUGUCGUGUUACUUAUUAUUAUUGUUGUCGUUUUCAUAAAAUAUAAGAUGAGACCAAACACAGAGAAAAAAGAGAAGGGACGCUGGACUUCAUGUGACACAAACAAACCACAUGAGCCAAUGUGUUGAUCAGCGGAAAUAUUCAGCUGUUUGAUCACAUUAUAAGUUGAUCAACAAACAAACAUGUUGUCUUACAAACGUGCUGCUCUCAGGACCUGAAAGGGUCAGAGCGCUUCAGUCAUGAAUGUUCACAUGAUCUGCUGGAAGACUCAGAUCAGGGCGGUAAUGACUGAUAUCACCAAGUUAUGUUUUUUCAAUUAAGGUGACCCAAAGGAACGCUGCUUCGAUUCAUCCAGAGAAUAUUGGUCAGGCUGUCAACAGCUUUAGAUCACAUCCUCUAAAUAAUGAUAGUGUACAACACUGCAGGAUGCUCAAAACUCAGAACAAAAUCUAAAAUUAAAAUAACCACUAGUAGCACUCAUAUGACGCUUUGGAGUUUGGCUUUCUUGAAGCAAAUUGUCCUGACUUGGUUCUUGUUGUUUUGGGCUUGUACACUCAUGGUUGAAUGUACUUAUUGUAAGUCGCUUUGAAUAAGCUUAAUGAAAUGUAUUGUAAAGUAAAAGAGACAUCUACAUAUUUUAGCAUUUAGCAGCUAAUUAGUCGGAUGUUUUCAAGAAGAGGAGGAGACCAAACACAGAGUAAAAAAGAGAAGGGACGCUGGACUUCAUGUGACACAAACAAACCACAUGAGCCAACUUGUUGAUCAGCUGAAAUAUUCAGCUGUUUGAUCACAAGUGUGGGGGGCCGAACGUCCCCUCUGUCCGUGCUUUUACUCAGGAGGAGGAGGUUCACAGGAAAUACCAAAAGUUCCUCCUGGAAUAGACUGUGUCUUUACAGGCCGGUAAAAUCUAAAUCAAUUUUACUGAUCAACACAAAGUGAAACACUUUACAAUUCUGAGUUUCUGUCAAAUUAAAAAAAAAAAAUUGAACAAAUCAAUAACAUUAAUAAUAGGAUAGGAUUUUAUCGUCAGAAACAUUUCAUGUGCUAUGUUGUGGUUAUGUUGAAAAUGUGUAAAAGUGAACGUGCCAGGAAGCUGAACAUACUACCUCAGAAAAUACUGCCUCAGGCAGUACAUUCCUUUGAAUCAAAAUCCAAGACAAAUUUUUGUACCGCAUUCAAGUUUUAAUUAUUGUAAUGGUCAUGCUUAAAUUUCUAUCACACGUUUCUAUUCUUUAAUCUAUUUCAUGUUUAAUAAAGUUUUUUACUGUCCUAAUACAGAAAAUAGAGGAUUAUCUAAUCUUACCGAACCUUAAUGAACUUCAUCUUAAAUGUCAUAUCAUUAUUAGUGAUAAGUUUAAAGUCCGAUUUUUACUUCUUAUUGAAGGUUGUGGUUUUAAAUACAUUUUAAUAAAAACUUGAUAGAAUUGA